GCGGUGGGCGUCUCGCCGUACCUCGCUACUUGCUCGCUACCAUCCAUGACCUCUGCCGUCCUCAGCUCCCACCUGGCCUAGCAAGCCGCGCCUGGUACUGUUCGCCCUUCAAUACGGCCCGCACACGACCAUGUCCGCGCCGAGCACGCCGCGCUCGAGGACGCCCUCGCGGGUGGGAACCCCGAUACCUGCGCUCUCGCGUCUGUCCCCGCCGUCUGUCCGACCAGCACCGCUCAUUUCAUCGAGGGUCUACAGCCAUGGCAGCACUUCGACUGUGCCAACCGCGGUCCAAGAUCUGGCACCCAUGGAUCUACUGGCACAUGGCCCGCACGAGGGUGCAUCGAGUUCAGCGUCCUCCGUCCUGAAUCUCGAGACACCUACUCCCGAAAUGCUUGUUACCACACCAGAGGCCGAGGUAGGGACGAUCGCUAGUGAUCAGAGUAGUGUCAGCGGACACACUGCGACUCGCCCCGGAGAGGGGGACUCGAAGCAGCAACUACGGGACCAUUUGAGGCGUACACUGAGCAGGAAGGAAUCAUUGAGUGAUCUUGCGCUGCGUAGCCGCAGUCGUCGCAGGAAAGGCAAGGAGGUUGAUCUCCACCAGAUCUCGCAUUCCACAGCGGACGCAUAUCCCCCGAGACAGUACUUCGUCCUCACUGAGGCGGGGAAGCCAGUCUUCAUUAGUCGCCGAGGGGAGGAUGAGUCUGACGGCCUGACGUCCACAAUGGGAAUCAUGCAAGCCCUAGUGUCCGUCUUUCUGGAUGAUGGGGACAAGAUCCGCUGCAUAAAUGCUGGAAAGACGCGCAUAACCUUCCUGCUCCGGCCUCCGUUGUACUACGUCUGCGUAUCCUCCUGGGGCGAGCCCGAGUCAGUGACGCGCUUCCAUCUUGAAUACCUGCACCUACAGAUCCUCAGCGUUGUGUCCGCCGAACAGCUUCGACGCAUGUUCGAGCGACGCACGAACUUCGAUCUGCGCCGACUGUUGAGUGGUGCUGAGCCAUUCCUCUACUCGUUGUUGUCGAGGCUUGAGUGGGACUUGGCCAUGGCGACGUCUUCACUACAAUGCUUGAAGGUUGAACCCAUGCUUCGCAAGAGCGUGGCUGAUGUACUUGUACCAACGUCCAAAAUCAAGGACAUAUUGUACAUGAUCCUGAUUGCCCAGGAGCGCGUUAUAACACUGGUCAGACCCAAGAAACACUCCAUCCAUCCGUCAGACUUGCACGUCCUCGUGAACACGAUCUACGCACCGUCCAUCAUCAACUCCUCUGCAUCUGCGUCAUGGCUACCGAUUUGCCUGCCUAAGUUCAAUGCAUCCGGCUUCGUGAACGCCUAUGUCAUGUUCCUAAGGCGAGAUGCGGACAAGACGCCGGUAACCCCCUCAUUUCCGAAGGCAUCGCCAAGCAGUCAGAGCAGUGACUUGGUCAACGAAGGCGGCCAGACCUCGGAGACUGUCAGCAAGAGCGACAAGGCAAGCGUCCUCGAAAAGGCUGCUCCCGAAAUCGGUUUAGUCUGCGUCAGCGGCAGUGCCGACUUCGAGGCCGUCAGAAGCUGGUGCGAUACCGUCUCUCGGCGUCUGACGCAAGAUGGUCUGCUGCAAGCCUUGUCCGACGCCGUCGAUCGCGGCGACACCGAGUACUCCGUAGCCGAUUUAGGCAUACCCGGUCUUCGGCAUUUCGUGUACAAGUCGAGGUCGCAUGUGCAGGUCACACUGCCGAUGUUUGAGGAUCCCUACGACGAUCUGAACGAGAAGCGAAGACUCAUCACGCUGUAUCAGACAUUGUAUGACCACAUACACGCGAAGUCGGGCCAAGGAAGUACCCUUAAGCUCCAGUACAUCCGCACGGAGAAGGAAAGCGUUAUGGGUUGGAUCACUCAAGCAUUCGAGCUCUACCUCACGCUCUCUCCGCGCCUGCCCAAGAGCGCGAUCGUCAAUGCGGCGAACUCAGUGGCACGAUGGGUACAGAAGGAAGAGAGGCGGUUGUUCCUCAGAGAUGCACCUGUUUUCUAGCUUUGUAUCCGAGCUCGAUAUGUAAGCGUUGCGCCACGCAACGCUCAUUUACCACGGUCCUGCGAGUAGCCUGAAACAUUGAGUCAGUAUGACCCAUGCACGCCUGAACCGUACCAGCGGCGUGGGAUUUCGACCGAUGCUACCGCAGGCUGCUUCACAUGCAGGCUACCGGUCCUCGGGCUGGUGAUGACGCCGCUGGACAAACAAGAGCAGAUUGAAGACACCGUCACAUCGUAACCUUGAGCUUGCCUUGCCUCGUAAAUGCAUGCAUUUACG